AUGGCAGCAUCACUGGAAGAUGGAAGUCUUCAGCGCUGCUCUGGAUGCAGCGAAUGUUAUUGCAACAAAGACUGCCAAAGGAACUCCUGGAAUAUUCACCGAUUUGAGUGUAAAAAUCUUCAGCGCAUAUACCCCCUGAUUCCCCCAGAUACUGCAAAGCUUAUUGCAAGGGUUAUAUUUAGGCUAAAGGUUGGGGGUGACAGGGUAGAAGAAAAAAUAACUGAAAAGCAGUCGAGAAAAUUCAAGGACUUAAUGAACCAUUACACAGAUUUAAAGACCGACAAGAAGCGUCAAGAACAUCUGGCUUCACUGGUAGUAGUCCUGGGCAAGUAUAUUGGAGCAGAGAAUCUUCCCAAUGAAGUUGAUCUCCAGGGCAUCUUUGGUAGAAUAUGUGUUAAUAGUUUCAGUAUUACUGAUCCCGACUUGAACACAGUUGGUACUGGGGUAUACUUGGCUGCAUCGGUAUUUGAUCACUCUUGUCGGCCCAAUGCCUAUGUUACUUUUGAGGGUACCCGCCUUAUAUGCCGUUCCCUGGUUGACAUGCCAAAUUUAGAUUUUGCCAAGGUAUUAGAUCAACAGAAAGUGGCCAAAGGGAAUGUUCUUCUUACUGCAACACCUUUUGUACAUGUUGUGAAUGGGUCACUCAAAGGGAUUUAUUGUGAUUACUGUUUAAAAAAGAAAGAUGGAAGUCUUCAGCGCUGCUCUGGAUGCAAGGCAGAAUGUUAUUGCAACAAAGACUGCCAAAGGAACUCCUGGAAUAUUCACCGAUUUGAGUGUAAAAAUCUUCAGCGCAUAUACCCCCUGAUUCCCCCAGAUACUGCAAAGCUUAUUGCAAGGGUUAUAUUUAGGCUAAAGAUAUGUGUUAAAAGUUUUAGUAUUACUGAUCCCGACUUGAACACAGUUGGAAAUUCAUCAUGCACUGCCCCAGUGCUAAUUGAUGAAGAUGAAGAUAUUGAUACACCUCUUGGUGCAUGUGCUAGUUGUGGCUAUAACCUCUUUAGCAGUGACACGAGGAAGGAAUAUUGCAGCAUUGCCAGGUAUUGUCGAGAACAACUGGAAAUGAUGAAAGAUAAAUAUUAUGUUGAUGUUUGCCAGAAAGCACUUGAGUUGCAAGGAAACCUGUUUUAUAAGCUGAAUAUACUACGAGUAAAGCUUCUAGAUGCUGCUUUUGAAGCUUCUAUUAGUGUUGAAAAUUGGAAUACUGCACUGGAGUACGGCGUACAAAAUAUUGAAGGAGUCAAAUUUUACUAUGGAGAAAAUCAUCCAAACAUUGGGCUGAUACUUCUGAAAAUAGGCAAGAUUUGCAAUUAUCUACGUAAAUUACAAGAUGCUGUAAGCUACUUAACAGCAGCAGAACCCAUAAUACGAAUAAGUCAUGGAACAUCGCAUCCAACGUACAAGGAACUAACAUCUCUAAUUCAGCAAUCUAAUGAGGAGCUCAUGUAUAUUUUACAGAAGAAGAAGAGAUUAAGUAAUAUUUAUGUGGUUUGCAGAACCUCUUGUGGCUAAAUAACGACUGGCACUGGAAGCUAAGACUUGGUCACCUGGUUGCUGUACUGCGGCUGUAGUCUCCCUUUUUCAUGAGCAGCUCCUUGCCUCUCCUCAACUGAUACUAUAUUCUGUUGUCACUCUUGUUGAAAGUUUUAUUUUCUGAAAGACAAUGAUUAGUCAUUAUUAUUUCAUGUAAAAAUUAUUUAUCCUGUAAAUAUACAAAUAUACUGUGUAAUACAACAAACAUUACAUAUUAAAUAAAACUUGUAAUUUUUUAUUAAUUGGCAAUUUCAAAUGAAAAAAAAAUAAUAUUUUGAUUUGAAAGUACUGUACAAUUUUGUGUGUACAAGACUAUAUUAAGUGGCAUAAACAGUGUACAACUGCAUAUAACAAAAAUAAUAUAUGUACAACUAUGUGAAGUACGUAUGUAGCAGAAACAACAUUCAACUACGUAUGUAUAUGGCAAAAACAAUAUUAAACGGUAAAACCUUGAUUUAAUGGAUAUAAAAAAAAAUCCACUGAGUAUAGACUAAUUUGCUUUUGUUAUUAUAUUUAUGAUUUUCCUAAGGAUGAAUUAUAAAAAUUUUCUCAGUGUAUUACUAAAUGCAUUAAUACUCUUUAUCAGGCUGUUUUUCCCUAUUAGUCUGCCAGAACAAAGUAUGUUGCAGGAAUAAUAUACAGUUAUACAUUUGGCAGGAACAUUGUACAACUAUGUGUAUGGCAGGAACAAUAUACAACUGCUGUAUGUAUAUAGCAGUAGCAAUGUAGAACUCUGCACAGUAGUUCCCUCACUUGUGAUGCUCUGCAGUUACAACAAUGGCACUCUGGAACCAAUUAAUGACUUAUAAACACUGAUAAGUAGUUUUAUGUACUAGGAUUAGUUAGCCUGAAAUGCCCCAGCAUCAUAGUGACUUUCUUUGUACUUAACAAAUCAAAAUUGUAAUUACACAUUGUAACCUUUGCAAAGAAAUAAAAUCUUAAAUCUUUUGUUGUGCAGUUAUUAUUAAUGCACAAAUUAAAAAAAAUAUAUUUUCAGUAGUUUUUUCUUGGCUAUUUUGCAACCAAAUGUAUUCAUAUUUUGCAUAUGUUGAUUGUAUGUGUGAAGAGUUUGUUUGUUUGAUAGCAACCUGUGUAACCUGUAAAUUUAUUAUAGUUUUGU